AUGCUUUUCUCCUUCAAGCUCCUUGCUGCAUCAGCAUCCCUACUCUCACUAUCCCAAGCUUCCCCACAAGGAGGAUUCUUCUCGCAGUCAUCAGCCGUAGCUGUGGCUUCAUCCACAGCCAAAGUCUCAGCAUCGACAGUCUCCCUGGCAGCAGCAGCAACAGGAACAACAGCAUGCAACAACUCGCCCGAUCUAUGCAACCGGAACUACAACAACAUCACCCACAUGGGUGCCCACGACUCUGCCUUCCUCCGAGACUCGAGUACCGGCUUCACGGAAUCAGGAAACCAGUAUUAUAACGCAACCGUAGCACUAUCAGCCGGUAUCCGUCUCCUACAAGCACAAGUGCACCUCAACGAUGGCGUCCUCGAACUCUGCCACACAUCCUGCGCGCUCCUCGACGGCGGGUCCCUAGCCACCUUCCUUACAGCCAUCAAGACCUGGAUGGACGCCAACCCCAACGAAGUCGUCACCCUGCUCCUCGUAAACAGCGAUGACCAAACCGCCGCUACCUUUGGCUCCGUCUUCAACAGCACCGGCAUCUCCAGCUACGGCUACACGCCCUCCUCAACAGACGGUCCAGUCGCUACCUGGCCAACUCUCCAAACCCUCAUCACAGCCAACACCCGCCUCGUAACCUUCAUCGCCUCCAUAACAUACGACUCCUCCUACCCCUCCCUCCUCCCCGAAUUCUCCUUCGUCUUCGAGACUGCCUACGGUCAGACCUUCCCCGACUUCAACUGCACCAUUGACCGGCCUACCGGCCUCGCCUCCUCCACCGCUGCCAUUUCGGCUGGCUACAUGGGCCUCGUGAAUCAUUUCGCCGAUACCAAUACUCUCAUCUCAACUCCCGAUAUCACAAACCUGCCUACCACCAAUUCCCCCGCUACCAAUACAUCGGGUAGUCUGGGCACCGAGGGCCAGCAGUGCACGAGCGAGUGGGCGAAGAAACCGACCUUUAUCUUGGUCGAUUACUUUAAUGUCGGCCCCGCGGUUGAGACGGCGGAUAACUUGAAUGGGAUUACGGCGGUGGGACGGACGAGCGUCAGUACGGCCGAGUUGACGCAGAGCAGUGGUGCGGGGAUCGGGAAGGGGGUCUCUUGGGCUGUGUUGCUGGGGAUGGGUGUUGUUGCGGUGGUGAAUAUUGUAGUAUUGUAG